AUUAUCAAUUAUCGGUAUUCUGAGGCAAGAUGUUGCAUUUCUUGGCAAUUUUAAUACCUGCUUUCAGUGGCAUUGUAUUUGAUUCAGGUGAUGCUCGGAUACCUCCAACUACUCCGUGCUGUCCUCCAAAUGAGGUAUAUUCUUGCGACCCCAUAUGUCCACCUGAUACCUGUUGCGCUUUAGACGAAGAGUACGACUGUUGCAAUGCCACGUCACCGCCUUACAAAACUGGAUGUAGAUGCAAAGAUGGCUACUACAGAUUGUACGAGAAUGGUCCAUGUGUUCCCGCUUGUGACUGUACUAAAGCUCCCUACAGUUGUCCUCCAAAUGAAGUAUAUUCUUGCGACCCCAUUUGUCCACCCGAUACUUGUUGCGCUUUAGACGAUGACUACGACUGUUGCGAUGCCACGUCGCCGCCUUACAAAACCGGAUGUAGAUGCAAAAAAGGCUACUAUAGAUUGCAUGAGAAUGGUCCUUGUGUUCCUGCUAAGGAAUGCUGUAAUGCUCCCUACAGUUGUCCUAAAAAUGAAAUAUAUUCUUGCGAGCCGAUAUGUCCACCUGAUACCUGUUGCUCGAUCGGCAAAAAGUACGAUUGUUGCGAUGCUGAUUCGCCACCUUACAGUACUGGAUGUAGAUGCAAAAAAGGCUAUUACAGAUUGUAUGAUGGCGGUCCAUGUGUUCCCGCUUGUGACUGUCCUAAACCUCAUCACCCAAUAAAGACACCUAAAAAGGAACCAUAUUCUUAUGCCUCUGCUGCUUCUGCAGCUUCUGCUUCUGCCUAUGGUUCUGGUUGUGGUACUGCAUCUGCUUCUGCUUCUGCUUCUGCAUACGCAAGUGGCUAAUCAAUGUUGACACAGAAUGGUCCAUACAUUUCUCUAUGUAACUGAC